CCACUGUCAACACGGCGGCUUGAGAAUGGCUUCACACCCCCAUGACUCCCGGAGGUGUUGAGGCCUUGGUGUUGCCGGGUGCUGCUUCCUGACCACCACACUUCACCACUCACCUGGCCCGCUACCUGUGUUGUUUAUACUAGUUAGUGGGUGGUAGUUUACUAGUUCCAGAGUCGAAUAUAGUGAACAUUAGUCAAUGCAAGACUGUGUGGUUUGUCUGGCAAGAUGCUGUUUCUUUGGAGAAGGAGAAUCAAACUGUUAAUGCAACGACUUUAUAACCUUCCUCGUGAGACAAGGAAAUGGCUACAAUGGAAGUAUGAUCUGUUCAUUUUAACAAUGCAAGCAGUAUUCUACAAUGAUUUUGUAAAUAUGGGGUACGUCUUGGAAGUUUUAAUGGAACCAAUGGUGUGGAUUGUAGACCAUUUCACAAAGAUCCUUGGGCCAAUUCUCGUUGGAGGCGUAAUAAUAUUAACUAGCUCAGUUGUUGCCAUAGUCUACAUCAUUGGUCUGCCGCACUACUGGCAGAAAUCGCCGGUUCUUGCUUCUUUUCUAAUUGUAUUGGGGCACUGGUUGUUAAUAAAUGUUGUAUUCCACUUCAUAAUGGCAUCAGUUACUGACCCAGGAACACCUCCAAAGGGGAUUUUGAUCACUGAAGCAGUAAGUGUGUGCAAGAAGUGUAUAGCACCAAAGUCACCUCGGACUCACCACUGCUCUGUGUGUAACCGUUGUAUUCUCAAGAUGGAUCAUCACUGUCCCUGGCUCAACAACUGUGUGGGGCACUUUAACCAUCGUUAUUUCUUGAUGUACAUGGUGUACAUGGUCUUGGGGACCAUUUUCAUCCUGACUCUCGGUUUUGAAAUUGCAUACAAGGAGAUAUGGCUAGGAGGCGACAUGGGCGGAGGUCUAAUUGAUGCCAUGGACUUGGUGAUGGAUGACGACGAAGAGUUAGAGGGCUACCCAGUCAGGCUCAAUGGUACUCAUAUGAUGCCUGUGUAUGGUGGUACUGUUGGCAGCCCUGUUCUUCUAGAGCCUCUUGAUGAACUAGCCGAUAUAGACCGGAGAAUUUAUUGGUACCGAUUCUCUAUCAUGUACUCUGGCAUGCUGACAACAGGUGUGUUUUUCUCACUUGGUGGACUGGCCACUUGGCAUGGAAGACUGGUGUCAAGAGGAGAGACAAGCAUUGAAGCUCACAUCAACAAAAAGGAGACUGAAAGGCUGGCAAAAAUAAACCAAAUAUACAAGAAUCCGUAUGAUUUUGGCGUAUCAGAGAAUUGGAAAGUGUUUCUUGGUUUAAGCCAUGGCAGAGGAUGGCGACAUAUUCUUCUCCCAUCGUGGCACCCACCUGAUGGAAACGGACUAACUUGGCCCAAUGCCAUUAUCUCUGCUGCAAGCCAUGACAAAGCUGCAUGACACACAGUUUAGAAUGCUACAUUAAGUUAUUGUUGUUAUGUAUCUUUUGCCAGGGAAAUACAUUCCCUACUUUCUGGGAAAGUAGAUAUGUAUGAUGGUAUGUUUUAGGAGUAGUGAAUAGAGAAAAUAAGCCUGCCUGAUCUUUUAUAUUAUAUAAAUCUAAAAUGGUUAGAAAAGUACUAAUUUUAUAACUGUUACAGAAAAUACAAUAAGUACCUCAGAAACUUAAUGUUCAAAGCCCAUGAGUUUUAAUCUUAGGUUAUUUUUGUUGACAGUAUUAAAUUUGUUGAGACAUUUAAAUUUUCAGUAUGGUAAAAUCAUAGAAUGCCACCAAGUUAGGCAUAGCAGUAAUCUUUAAUUAAAGAUAGGUAUUGUUUACAUACAAUUACAGAAAUGUGUGUAUGUGCUCUUCCUUUUCUAUAUAACUUGUACUCUGCUAAAGACUGCGGGUAAUGACUGUCUGUGGCUCGGACAUCAGUCAGAGAAUUGUGCAUGUAAAUGUUCUUUUAGAUAAUAUAUUCUUGGGCUUGCAACUAAACACAAUUGUGGUAAAAGAUAAUACUUUCCAAUACUGUAUAUAAUUUGUAUAACAGAAGAUUUGAAUCUCUUAUUGGUAUAUGUCAUGUGCCACUUAGUUUGAACAGUAACAAUUUCAGUGUCAUGUCCCGAUUAAUUUAAUGUGUUAAAAUUUUGGUCUGUUGCACUUGCAAAGAAGUUUGCUGACAAUUUGGAAAAGGUUUUGUAACUGCUCUUGGGUGGUGGGGGAAUUUAUGUACACUAACUCUUACCAUGACUGAAUAUAAGAGACUGUCUUAUUGACUGUCAGUUGAGAUUGCAUAAUAUGCAUACUUGGCGUAGCCAAACUCUUAGGUGCUGCUUUCAAGAUCUAAACUGGUCCACUUAGUACAGUAAUAGUGAUUGCCAAAGUAUGUUAGUUCAGGUUAUUUUUGUUAUGUUUUGAUGUACUAUAUUUAAUACUGUAUAUAAUUUAUAUAAUAAAAGCUGAGGAACACAAGUUAAACUAUUGCAGUAUAUUUUAUACACAUACAGAGUAUAGUUUGGAAACUAGUAGUUCACUGUCUGAAAUGUCAUAAAAGGAAAGAAAAUACAGGCAUGGGAACAAUUAACCUAUAUUAAGACUUGUUAUACUCUUCCCUUUUCAUGUUUAGAUGAGAGGCUAGUUUACCUGUGACUGGAUUAAUUCUGUUCCUGCAGCUGGGCCCGAGUCCAGGCUUUUCUGGCAACAACCUGGUUGGCUGGUGGUGGCUCGCAGGGCUCCCACAAUCUUUGCAACCCCGAAUGAUCCUGCACUUCUUGUGGCAACCUGUUUAAUUCCCUCAUAUAAAACUUAAACCCUUUGUUCAAACCAUAUUUGUUAAGUUUCCUUUUUUAGACGGUUGAAUAAUUGCAGGCCUCUGAUGUUCAGUGUUCUCUAAGCUUAUGACAUCUCAGCUCUUCAAUGAGUCUAUUCUACACUUCUUACCUUACCUCUUUCUCCAUAAGGGAAUUAUACCAUCACAUUAGGGUUCUCAGCGUCACACAAUCACAACUCACACCUGACAAUAUAUCAACACUUACCUCACAACUCUCAAGUUUGUGUGAAGCUUUCAUUUGUGUUCCAGGGAUUACAUUCUGUGUCCAUUUAAUUUAGGUCUAUUUACUCUAUCAAUGCAUACAGCACUAUGUGAUUCUUGUGUGCCCCCUACAGCAUUUUGAAUCUCUCUCUCUCCUCCCUUCAAAUGAGAUCAUAGAGCAGUAUUGCAAGUGAGAGCACAAAUGAAUUGAAAACUAAGGCUUCUGAAAAAGGUAAGGGUUCUGGUAUUGUUCAAGCACUGUUCCUUUGGCCCAUGCUGUUAGUCCACAACUGGGGCAUCCAGUGUUAAGACCUUUCAUUAGGACCAAUCAUGUCAGUUCUGUCUGCCCUUUCAUGGUAAGCCGAUGGGAUAAUGUUAGUGAGAUGUUCCUGUGCACAUCUGAAAGCCAGGAUCAGAUAUGCCUAGGAUUUUUUUUGAUGGUAAUGCCAUCUGCCUCAGGGUGGGUUAUCCAUCUACACGAUAAUAUGUGGUUAAAAGUUGGACAGGAAUGUCAUUGAGGAAAUCUGUUCUGUCAGGUUUGUCAUGCAAUUUUCCCAUGGCCAAGCAGGAGUCUCUUCAGGUGUAUGAUUCUCGACUCGUUGACAGUUGCAUCUUGUAUCCAACAUUCUGGAUGUUGUCCAGACUUUUGUCAGCUUUUCUUGGGUAAUGCCAUUGUUAGUUGCCAUCCUGAUACCUUCCUAGUGAAGAAUGGAAAAAUCUCUCCUGACAAGGCCCUUUUGUUGGGUUGGCAUGGUUUGCACAGUUCUGUCCAUAAUACCCAGUGGCUGUUGUCCCCUAGUAUCAGAGUUUCUCGGCAUUUGCCUUCAGCAGCACUCUUCCACAACCCACGGAUCAUGGCCCCUGUUCUAAAAUCUACUUAUCUCGGCUUAUGUGUACAUUGGGGAAAGCCAAAACAGCCAGGGGUGUACCUCUGGACCCAAUACCUGCUGAAGAUUGCAACCCUCAUAGAAUUAGUUCUUUGCAUUAUGUAUGGAUAUUAAGGGCCAGAGGUUUUGAGAUAAUACUGUACCACAUCUUUGUGCACUGCUACCAUCCCCACUUCCAAAGUCUUCAUUGCCAGUGUGUGGUAUGGAAAACACCUUCCACUUGUAUAUUUAAUGAAUGAUUGGGUCCUGGAUGUCUGCUGCUUUAAAAGCUGCAUUUUCAUUGCCUGUUCUGGCACCUUGUGGAAACCUGUGGCACAGGCAAGUUCUAUCCAUUUUCUGAAUGGCCAUACUGAUUCUUGCACGAGGAAAAGGCCAAGUAAUAAAUUUUCAAAAAUAUGGCAUUGUGUAAAUAUAAUGGUUGUUUCUGAGCUUGUCUGUCGGUUACUUCCAUGCCUUAUCCUGUGUCAUUCCUUCAGAGGGUAAGUGGGAUAGAAAGUGAGGUAGGAUCUCUGGCUGCUGCUGUUUACACGAAUGGUGGCAGUGGCGAGCGUUUACAAGUGCUUUCUGGCAUUAAGGGCUGGAUUGUGGAUUAUCCAGUGCCUUGCUUGCUCCUGCAUAGGAUGUUAAGAAAAUAUUGCCAUGGCAAUGCUGUUUGGAUUAGGUGGUGAAAUCUGGAUGAACAAGUUGCUCACAUAAGCUCUCAAGCAAGCUGUGUGUUGUAACAAAAAAUAAAGAUCAGGUAUAGAUUAAACACUUUUCUGAGCUGGUUGCUCAAUUGCUUCCUUAGGCAAUAUCCUGUUUUCCUUGGGAUGCUGUGAACUAGUCUGGACCAGUGCAACUUUCUCAUUUCCAAUGCAAGUAAUUAUUAAAAGACGGCACCAAGCCAGGAAGAGAUGUUACGUAGUCUUCCUGGUUUGAUGUCUUUUUACUUGCAGUAGAGAUAAGAAAGUUUCACUGGUCCAGACUAGAGUUUACAGCAUCUCGGGAAAACAGGAUAUUGCCUAAGGAAGCAAUUGAGCAAUCGGCUCAGAAAAGUGUUUAAUCUAUACUUGUGUGUUGUAACAAAAAAAAAAAUAUCAACUAGGUUGGAGAGCUUAUGCAAGCACUUGUUCAUCCAGAUUUCACCAAGUAAUCCAAACAGCAUUUGGAUGAUACUUCAGUCCUGAUUUUGUAUGAACUGUUAAUCUGCAUUAUCUAGUGCUCCAUAUUAACAAGAGUACACUCUGUAUUUGAGACAUUUACUGACAUACAUAGCCAGGCACCACCAUUUAAAUAUACUGGCACAAUUUUGCUCAAUAAUGUAAGGAGGUAUCCUAUGUUUAUCAUAUAGAAAACAUUUAGCAAAGGAUUUCUUUUUCUAAUUUAUGUUAGCAAUGGUAAUAUUUUGAUGUAAUUGCAGUACGCCCAUCUUCCAAAGGCUCGUACUGCUACUACUACUGGUACAUUUCUUACCAUUAGUAGACAAUGAUCUAGUCUCCUAAAUGAAUUGAUAUUUUAUAAUUUAAUACUGUACUAUUAAAAAUAAAGAAUGGUCGAAG